CCGUCCCCGGCUCCCUGCUCCCCGGACCCUCACCCCCAGACCACGGUGUCCCCAGCGCUACGCCCGUGUGCGCGCCGCUGCCCCGUGGAGCGCCGCCGCACGCGCCCCGGUCCGAACGUGUCGCCUUUGUGUGCGCGGGUGGGAGGAGGAGGAGGACGCGCGAGGGAGGGGAUGCGCCCCCGCUGGGAUCGCUGGCGACCCUCAUCCGGGGCCGGGCGGGGAGUGGCGGGAGGGGCCGAGCCGCCUCCGGAGCAGCUGCGUCCCCGCCCCCUGCUACGACCCAGGCCGGGCGGAGAGGCGAGCGCCGCUGUCCGCCUGAAGGAAGGGGGGGGGUGUCUCUGGCUUGGGGGAGGGGCCGCUCAGGUCUCUUCUCCAGGCCGUGGGGAGGGUGAGGGGGGUCACUGGCUGGGGUCGGGAAGGACCCCAUCCAGGCCCCAGUCUCGCGCGGGCAAGCUCUCCAUUGGGCCUAGGACCCCUUUCCCACGGUCCCAAUUCCCGACCAGCCCACUCUGGAGCGCCGGGGCAGCCCCCGUUACUGGGGCGCAUCGCCUGGGGUGUCUGAGAGGCGGGCUCCUUUAAGAAGGGGCGGGUUCGUGCCCUCCAUUCAGGCCCUUCGGCCUCGGCCAUUGAGGAACCUGCGGGCUUCGCGGGCCAGAUCCGCGCCAGCGCAGCGGCCGAGGCCGGGCAGAGGCGGGGACGCGCUCGGGCCCCCAGCAGCCCUAAAAGUGGGAUCCUUAGGCGAAGAAGUCAGCAGUGACUGGGGCCUCUCCGCAGUCACGCAGGGCAGACCGAGCAGCCUCAGGAGUGCCCAUGAAGAUGAAUAAGCCAGAAUCUCCACUGACACGGAGGUGGUGCCAGGGAGAGCCGCAGGGUGGGCCGGCCGACCUGGAGUGAACCCUCCCUCCGGCCAGCACUAUCCACCCUACAAAGUGGGGUGGUGCUUCCUGCCUGCUGCCGGGUGACCAGUGGGAGUUGUCGCCUUCCAACACUGCCAAGAGCCAGGCUGAGCCCCACAUCUAGGAGGGAAGGGGGCCAAGGGGCCAGGUUUCCCGGGGAGGCUGCUGGGGGUGAUCUGAAGCCCCCCCCCCCCCGUACUCUGGAACAAAUCUCUUCCCUCCUGGCCGCUCUGCCCCGCCUGGGAAGCCACUAGCUGGGGAUUUGAUUUAGAACUUUUCUGCUGCAGUAACUUAGGGACGGUUCCCACAGCAGUCCUCUUAGGAUGAGGGUCUUCUUACUUCCUGCUUCCUCCGCCUCUCCGUAGAGGUGUCUCCCCAACCUCUGGGAACCCCACUCUGCACUCCUCGGAGGCCGAGCAGUUGAUUGGUUCCUGGUAAUGAAGGUGUGUACACAUGCUUCUUACCUUACUGUGAAGUCUAAGGUUCCAGUCCCUCCUCCCUACCUGUACUCCGGGUCUCCCAGGGAGGACCCGGGAACACACACUUAGGGGUCAGCUUCCCUUAGAGUGCUGGAGUUGGGGUGUCCACCUAGGUGGUGCUCAGGCUACCCAGAGCUCUGCUUCUGGUUUUGAGCUGACCUGUGCCAGGCUAAGGGUAUUGUCGGCGCCAUUUCUCACAUAAUUACCCUGUGAGUUUGGACCUGCUGUCAUCCCAUCUUACAGAGCAGGAGUCAGGUGUAGGGGAGAUGAAGUGACCUGCCCAAAGUCACUCGGCCAGGUCUUCGGGAAACCACUUUUCUCUGACAAGAGCCCAGAUCUACUCCUGACUUCUUGCAUUACCUGCAGCCCACAUUGCAGGGAUUGGAGAGGUUCAGAGCCGUGGGCCUCCUGGCUCAGUCCCCAUGGGAUUCUGGCCACCCCAGAACCAGGGGAGCCCCCCUCCUGGCCUGGUUCUACUCUCCAAGUCGGGCCCUGAGUGACUGCGAGAGGCCUCGGUCACUGCUGACUUCUUCCCCAAAGGAUCCCACUUUUAGGACUGCUAGGUGCCCAGGUGCAUCCCCACCUCUGCCCAGCCUCAGCUGCUGCGCUGGCGCGGAUCUGGCCUGAAAGCCCACAGUCAGAGCUCCGGGGCCUGGGGAGGUUUCUCUGCCCCUUACCUGCUUGAGGCUGUUUUUAUGACUGUGCUCUGUCCCAGGGGACAGCAGGUGUGAUCUCGACACAAGGUCACAGCCCACACUAUUGGGGCAGAGCGAGGCAGGGCACUGUGUGGGAGUGCAGCAUCGUUUGCCUCUCUGGGUGAAUCAGGGUUUGUGUUCCAUUCUCAGAAACUUAUGACCCUCUGAGGACAGACCCACCUAGGUGUCCAUGGUCUGGUGGAGGAGAUGGGCCACAAGCCAGGUGGCAUUGUGGAGGGGAAAGGGUGGAGGCAGGAGGGGCCAAGGGGCAUUCCUGGGCCUCUGCAAGCUGGGGACCUGCCAGCCACUGGGGGACGAGUGGGAACAGGUAGGGUGCUGAGGAGUUCCAGGAAAGGUGCACAGAACCUUAAUUACCACCUGCAGCUAAGUAAGCUCCUGGGUGACAAGCAUUGAGGCAGCACGGAGGUUUCAGGCAUCACUGGUACGUGUCAUACAAGGCAGACUGGCAGGCUGAGUGACAGGGACUAAGAAGAGCAUUGUGUAGGUCUAGGGGUCGGGAUAAGGCUCAAGCCAGUGCUAGAGAGGGGCCCCUCUGCCCUGCAAGCCAGGAGGGCAGGGGAAAGAGGAUGGAGCCUGACAAGUGCAGCUGGUGCCAGCCAAGCCUGCUCUCCACCACCCGGACCCAUUGGGGAACUGUCCAGCACGGGGUGCUCCUGAAGGAACAUGGGCCGCCACCUUUUGAGACCCCCAGGCCCAGGAUUAGCGUGUCCUGGUCUCCCACUCCUACUCCUGUGACCCCCACUUUCAGCUGUGGGUUUCCUUGCCCCUUGGCAUCUCUGCUCCCUCUUUUCCUCCAAAGCAAGGACUGAGGUCCCCUACUGUGCCCUGAGGGGGGCUCCCCAGGACAGGUCCACUGAUCCACUCUUGCCCAUUCUGCAACCCUGGACUCACAUGAGUGGCGCCUGGCACGUAGUGGGAGCUUGGAGAAUCCAGCAAGUGAGGGGCUCAUUGCCUCUGAGAUCAGAACUCCGCUUUUCCAUGUGUACGAUGGGAGAACCCCUUUCCUAUAGGGAAGGUGUGAAGGGAGAAAGGUUUUAAACAGGGACAUGAUCUAAUCAGAAGGGGUCCUGGAAAGCAGACCUUUCACACCGGGGAGCCUGACUUUGUGGUGUGGGGAUGGCAGGAAACAGAGUGGCCAGGGGGGCAGAGGCAGCUGUCUGCCUCCAGCUGCUGCAGGAAAAGUGGGAGGAGGGAUGCAAAGUAGAUAUUUAGGAAGCAGAAACGGGAGGUGGUUUUUUUGGUGUUACUCAGGAUCAUGCUCAGGGCCUUUGAACUGAGCUACAUCCCUAGCCCUCAACGCUUUUUUUGAGACAGGGUCUCACUAAGUCACCCAGGGUGGGCUCAAAUUUGUAGUUCUCCUGCCUCAGCCUGAGUGCUGAGAUUACAGGCACGGGCCAUGAUGUCUGGCUUGAGCUUUGGCUUUUAAACAAGCUACUUAAUCCUCAUACCAGCCUCAUGGGGUUGGCACUACUCUGACCUUCCGUGUUAACAAAUGGGGAAACUGAGGCCCCAAGAGGCCCAAGGGUCACACAGCUAGGAAGGAAAGGAGCUGAGAUGCAGAGACUGCUCCAGAUGUCAGGCCUCUAACCCCUCCUCUGUCCCUGUGCAUCAAAUGACCAGCUGUUGAUGUAGGGAGAUGCCCAGGCAGUGGCGCCCUGGUGGGGAACAACUGUCCAGUGUGGCUGUGGGCCCCCCAGGGCCCAGGGUCUUUAGGCUGCAGAGCCAGCAGGGCUUAUCUGGACCGGGGGUGUCCGUAAAAGUCAGGGGGCUGAGAGGCACGAGGCUGUGACUCCUCCGAGGGCUUGUGCUAGGAAGCCAUUUACAGGCUGCCACUCACCUGUAUAGGGGCUGGGACUCAAGGACUCGACCCACACCUGCCCUGUCACCAGAGUGGCCCCCCAGUGGACCACCUGAUGCAGGGCUCAUGCCCACUUUGCCCUCUGCCAGGGAGACGGGUGGGAAGAACUGGGAAAUUCCAUGCGUGUCCUUACGCUGGCACAGAGCCUGGGGGCCACAGGAGAACCAGCGCCUACAUCCCCCCGCCCCCCGCAGAGCUGGAGGAAGGGAGGGUGUCUGUGUCCCGCACAGGAGGGGUGGAAGUGACUGCCACAGAGGCCUGGGGCAGCUAGUGAACCAACAAGAAAAGCCUCCAUAGUCACCUGCUGGCUGGGUGACAUGGGGAGCCCUUUGGGGCCAGCACCCCCGAGGGUAUUGGAGAACAGUGAGGCCUUGCCUCCUCUCCUUGCUGGGGACACCCAGAAGAGACCUCAGUUUCCCCGUGUGACUGGUUCAUCGGAGAGGAAGCUGUGCAGCCCAGAGCAGAGGACCGUGAUUGCGGGGGCGCUGGGCGCUAGGGGGGCCGGCUGCUCAGGGCGAGGGCGCUGGAGAAAGGGGAGGAUGCGAGCCCCGGCAUCCUCGCGCGGUCCCGGGUGGCCAGUUCGCAAUGCGGGUCACAGGCCGUCCCUGCCGUCCCAGGGGUUUUUCUGUCUCCCCCGGCAGGGACAGCACCCAGGGGAGGCCGCUGUUACCAGGGCUGGGGCUCCCCAAACGCAAACAGCGCCGGGCACUGGGCGGGGCCACCCCUCUCCCCGCCCCAGACCCUGCCGGCCGCUUGGGCCCUGGAUCGAUUGGUGUCGGCCCAUUAGCGGGGGCGGCUGCGCGGCCGCCUCAUCAAUAUUUUAAGGAUGACCAGGCCUUGGGGUCCGGAACUGCGCGCCUGCGGCAGGGGCUGAAGACCGGCCCCUUUGUUUUCUUUUCCAAUUGUCAGCGCUAUUUUUACCGCCGGAAAGCCGCUGCCGCCCCCUCCCCUCUCUAGUGGCUCUAGCUGGCGAGGGUCUCCGGGCACUGGGCUCCUGCGGUAGAAUCAAGAGAGGCCGGGCCAGGGCUCGGGAAGGCGAGGCUGGGCUUCCCUGACCCGCCCCUCGGAAGCCCCGUCCCAUUCGAUCUGUGAACAAACAGCAUUUCCAGGAGAAGCCAGGCAGCCUGGGCAAGGAAAGGCUGGGGGUGAUGGGAGGGGUCUACCCACCCUGUGGUUCCUGGGAGCCCAGCACCCUGCACAGGAUGGGGAUCCUUUGUCCCCAACUCUAGUCCUCAGGAAGGAAGCCUGUAAAGGUGAGGUGCCCCCUGGCCUGUCUCUGGUCCGAUUUUCAAUAUCCAUGCACCAUGAUUGCUUCCUCUUUCCUUUUAUUUUUAAAUUUUAAGACAGGCUAUAGUUAAAAUCACUAAGUUGCCCAGGCUAGGCUCAAGCUUGCCAUCCUCCUGCCUCAGCCUCCCAGAGUGCUGGGGUUCCAGGCGAGUCCCACUAUAGCCAGCUCUACUUGGUGACUUUUAUCUGUGGCUGUACAAUCCCUGCUUCUUCUUCAUAGCUGGGGCCACUCCCUAUGGGCACUGAGGGUGGCGUGGGGAGGUCGGGGCAGCCCCCUCCAUUCUGUCAGCCCUGGUCAGUCCCUGGGGGGAACCCCACCUGCCAGGGUCCUCUCCAAGUCCCACCCCACCCGCAUCUAGGGCCAGCCGGGGACCCCCCGGGAGAGCCUGCCCAGGGCCUGCUCCCCGACUCCCACCCUACCCUCUGCCAAGGCUUUUCCCAGCAGCAGCAGGAAGAGCAGGAGGGACAGGGAUGGAUGCCGGGAACAGGCGCUGGGGCUUGCUUCCUGCCUCCCCCAGUGGGGCAGAAUUGUUUCACACGGGCAGUCACCCACUCUCAGCCCCAGAUGGUCCCAGUGGUGUGGAGCAGAAGUGGCCUCCUGCUGGGAGUGCCUGUGCCAGCUGGGAACACCGCCCUAGAAACCAACACCUGGGGCACCCUGCAGCUGGCAACUUACUGGAGGGAUCCGCGAGGGACUGGAGGAGCUCAGUGCAGAUGCUUGUGCCAGCCUGGCUGGCCCCUCCAACAGGGUCCCCAGUGCAGGGCGGUGUCUCCCCACUUACACUCUGCUGGGUUUUAUCGUGGCCCAUGUGGCCCAGGGGUGAUGGCCCCUUCGGAGGAGGAGGGAGAAAGUCCCCCGUGUGACAGGCAGGACACACACCGUGUAGUUCACUCAUCCACAGGGCUGAAGGAGGAGCUGCCUGGCAACAGCAGGAAGCUAGGACAGGGUCCUGCUAGAUUGACCAGACUGAGCUUGCACUUGCAGUCCUUCUGCCUCAGCCUCCCGCAGUGCUGGGAUUACAGGCCUCGGCCACCAUGGCUGGCUUCUAGCAGGUUUCGAGUGCCCUCAGAAGAGGUUAGAGAGGGAAUCGAGCCAGGAGAGACUCACAGGGACCCCACUUGAAGACCUCGGCCGUUGCAGCCUCCUCUGCCAGCUGCAGGAAUGUCCCUGGGGCUCCCUGGCGCUGCUGUUUGGGGAGGGGGCUCCCUGUGCACAGCACCACUUCCCUAUCUCCCGCAUCCACCCUGCCCCCAUCACACACAGUGGGCUGAGGUCCCAAAGUCACCCGCUCUUUUCCCGCAGCCGCAGGGGGCUGCGAUGGGACGGGAGCCA